AUGCACUUCCGAUUCGGUCGCGACCACGGCGUCCCCGGCAGCAGCGAACAGUUUCGCCGCCUUCGUCGUCGUCGUCGUCGUCGUCGUCCUCGUCCUUGCCGUCUGUUCCGCAUUAGGCUUGUGUUUGCGUUGAGAGAGUUCUCGUCUCUCUCUCCGGAAGAACGUGCAGGUCGUGCCGAACAAGCUCCGCCCACUUGGCGAGGACCGAUAGUGUAUGAAUCUGUCGUGAACUGUCCAUCCGGUGAUUCCGACUACGUGAGUGCUGAACCUCGUCAGCUCGGUGCCGACCCAUCACGUAUUUGGCAGCUCAUCUACCUGUGUGUUCGACCAGCACCUUCUCCGUCUUCACCUCUACCAGAACUCGCUCACCCCGUUAUUUUCCAGAAUCUCUGCCACGGUCGCCGGCCGAUUCACAUCUUCGGACUAGCGGUGCAUGACGAGUAG